CGAAUCAGCAGCGCCCUUUCUAUGGGAACGCCCCCAUUUCCACGGCUGUAGCGGUUUGGUUUAGGAAGACGCGCCGCGUAGGAAAAUAUUUCACGAUGGCCAGCACUGCUGUCGAGCUCAUAAAGGAUCUUUCUACUCCAGCUUUUGUCGUGGACCUCGAUAUCGUGAAGCGAAAUGCUAGCGUGAUGUUGGCUCGCUUCCAGAAGCUCGGAGUGCAGCUAAGACCUCAUAUGAAAACCCAUAAAACACUUGAAUGUGCCGACAUUAUGACUGGGGGCUCUCGUCGCUGCAUUGUGGUGUCCACUCUGGCCGAGGCAUCUUUCUUUGCUGACCACGGUUAUGAUGACAUUCUUUACGCAUACCCAUUGCCGUUUGACAAAGUGGAGCGCUGUGCAGAGUUGUCAGAGAAGCUCUCUUUGUUCCAUGUGCUGGUGGACAGUAGCCUUGCCUUGCAGGAACUGAAGAGGAGACCACUGAAGCAGGGCAAGGCUUGGCAUGUGUGGAUGAAACUGGACUGUAACAACGGUAGAGCGGGUGUUCCUCACGCCGAGCCUGCUGCUCUGCAGUUGGCCCAGGAAAUCUCUGAGACAGAGGGGGUGGAGCUUACAGGAAUCUAUGCCCACUGUGGAAACUCCUAUGGCUCUAAGGGGGAGGAGCAAAUCAAGGCUGUUGCCCAAGAAACUACAACCUUCACAUUACAGUUUGUGGAGAAACUGAAAGCUGUUGGAGUAAAAGGUCCUAAAUCAAGCAUUGGCUCCACCCCUUCAUGUAGCCACCCAGUCCCAGACAUGGCUAUGUUAAGUGAGGUCCAUCCUGGAAACUACAUAUUUUAUGAUGUACAGCAGUCACUGAUUGGCUCCUGUAGGCUUGAGGAUGUUGCCGUACGGGUACUGACAAGGGUUAUAGGUCACUACCCACACAAGAACCAGCUACUGGUAGACUGUGGAUGGACAGCCCUGAGCCAUGACGGAGGAGGACGUUUGCCUACAGGAUAUGCCGUCAUUGAGGGUCAUCCGGACAUAAAACUCGUGUCCAUGACUCAGGAGCAUGGCAGGGUGGAGCCCGUCUCUGGAAAGCUGGAUUUUAGUCAGUUCCCUCUGGGCUCAAUGCUCUCCCUUAUGCCGUACCAUGCUUGCGCUACAGCUGUGAUGCAUCCAGUGUAUUACGUACAUUCCAAAGGGAAGAUUGUAGGUACUUGGAAACCCACACGUGGAUGGUAGUUGGCCAAGAAACGCACCAUAUUCCAUUGUGCCGAGACUUAUUUUAAAAGUUAUUAUUAAGUUAACUUUAGUCAUUUCAUUAUCAGAAGUUACUAGAAAACAUUAAGUGAAUCAGCAUGAUUUAGAGAAUGUGUGAUUAAGCUAACCUGUGUUAGUGACACUUCAAUCCUGUUAUGUGGUUUUUUUUUUUUAUUAAAACUGCAUAUGAGGUACAGUGCCAAUAAAAACUUAUUAACACUU